AAUCUAGCAGAAACGUAAGACAAAAAUAAUAAGGGACGACAAAUUCUCUUGGGUAAAGCAUAAAGCACGAGGAGAACCCUUCUUGGGGCUACCUACCUACCGGGACGCGUCUACGUGCCUUGCAGCAUAUCUUUAUACAACAACUGACAACAGCGAAAAUUUGUUCCUGUUUGUAAUUUUGUUUGGAUUGAUUACACAGAGAUAUUUUGAUAAUUGGAUUCUUCUUGUGUGUGACAAGAUUUAAACACCCAUGCUUCACAGCUUUAGGCAGCUUAUUGAAGGAGUGCUGUAAGAUUCUUAUGUUACGUAGCGCCACAGUAAGAAGGAACAAAAACUCGCUCUGUGGAUGGGAACGUGUCUGUUUCUGAAUUACACUAUACGUUGUCCUUCGUAUUCGGAGAGUAUCAUGACGACUUUGAGGAGCCAAAGCUGAAGCUGAGGGAUAACUGGAAAUUAGUCUCGAAUACCCUUUAAUAAGUCAGUGAAGAGUGAACAUCGAUAAACGGGGAAAUGGAGCAUGCCCAGACAGCCCAGUCAAAGGGUUCGGACAGUUCUCUACGCGAGGAUGGCCUUGCCAGAUCCGGAAUGAGUGCGACCAAAGCGAGUUCGUUAAAGCUGGAAAAUGAAUCAGAUGAUACGAAUGUUGCUGACGACGUACUGUCAGUGGCGGACCGGAAGUCAGCUGUUGGUGGUGGUGGUUCUGCUGGUGACGACAGUGCAAUGUUAGACCGAUGCAGUAAUAAUGUUGAACGACCAUCUGUUUCGGCGGCUUCGUCCAGUAUUGCCGAAAAUAGCGGAGAGUCGAGAGCGCGAUCUAUGAGUGGUUCUGGCGUAUCGGCGCGCGAAGUGAUCGUAGCGGUAGAUGGAAGUCAAACUGGGGAGUCGCUGAGUGAUUCUGGAGGAUCAGAAUUUUCACUUCCGUGGGGACGAUCUCGCGAUCACCAGGACAGUAACCACGGAAUAACCAUGCUUGCUGGUGAAUAUGUUUUACAUUCGAUUUUUGUGGACUUCACACAAAAAGUGGACAAGAAAAUCGAUGGCGUUCUGGCUGAGCCGCUGGCGCGGCCGCUGUCCAAAUCAUUCCAACGCGGCGAAGAUCCCCAAUUUGAUCAGCUAAUUAGCUGCUUUUAUUCUGUGGCCGAGUACUGUCUGCCCUCUUUAUUACGGACAUUACUGGCAUGGUAUGAAUAUCAGAACGUGGACUAUUCUCAUCUGUCAGUUCCGGAGAGUGGUAAACAAAAAUCGGAUUCCUCCAAAUCUGCCAGCGGAAGUACAAAAUCGGCGCUGGAACUAUCGGAAAAAGAACAUGUGGCUGAUAAACGGAAUUUGGCCGUGGAUUAUUUGUUCGCCUUGGUUUUAAUCGAAAUUUUGAAACAGUUGCCGUUUCAUCCAGGCCAUGACGAGCUGAUUGCGCAAGUGGAGAGUUUGUCGUUCAAACAUUUUAAAUAUCGCGAUCCCAUUGUUGUUGGACCAAAUAACAUCAAUUUCCAUAUCGUUUCGGAUCUGUAUGCUGAAGUUAUCGGAGUUCUUGCACAGUCGAGGUUCCAGUCUGUCCGACGCAAAUUUAUGGCGGAACUGAAGGAGCUACGCUUCAAAGAGAUUUCGCCGCCGACUGUAAACAACAUAAUUGCUCUGCUAAUGGGCAUGAAAUUUUUCCGUGUCAAGAUGGUUCCUAUCGAAGAUUUCGAGGCAUGCUUCCAGUUUAUGCAAGAGUGUGGUACGUACUUUCUGGAGGUUAAGGAGAAGGAUAUUAAACAUGCCAUGGCGGGAUUAUUGGUGGAGAUACUCAUGCCGGUGGCGGCGUGUGUCAAGAAUGAAGUGAACGUGCCGGUUGUAAAGAAUUUUGUGGAAAUGCUUUAUCCGACUACACUGGAUAUGUGCUCGAAAAAGAAGCACAGUUUGGCAUUGUUUCCGCUGGUUACAUGUCUUUUAUGUGUCAGUCAUAAACACUUUUUCCUACACAACUGGCACCACUUCCUGACUCUUUGCUUGUCGAAUCUGAAGAACCGCGAUAUCAAGAUGUCAAGAGUGGCACUUGAGUCGCUUUAUCGUCUGCUAUGGGUUUAUAUGAUUCGCAUUAAAUGCGAAAGUAACUCUGUGACUGCCAGCCGAUUGCAAAGCAUCGUCAACAGCUUGUUUCCCAAAGGCUCUAAAGUUGUCGUACCGCGCGAUACCCCACUGAACAUUUUCGUCAAAAUCAUCCAGUUCAUUGCUCAAGAGCGGAUGGAUUUUGCCAUGAAAGAAAUCGUCUUUGAUCUGCUUUCCGUCGGUCGACCGAUUCGCGUCUUAAUGCCCGAACGGAUGAGUAUUGGGUUACGCGCUUUUUUGGUGAUUGCCGAUAACUUACAGCAAAAAGAAGGCGAACCACCCAUGCCACGAAGUCUCGGUAUUUUGCCGUCGGGUAAUACGAUCCGGGUAAAAAAGAUAUACGUCAGUAAAGUUCUGACCGAUGAAGAGGCCAAAGCCAUCGGUAUGGCCAGUUAUUAUCCGCUGAUACGGAAAACAUUCGAAGAAAUGAUCCGCUUGUUGGAUGCUCAAGUUGGACGGACAAUGAUGGUUACCUCAAAUCUCAACCAGAACAGCAAGGAAACUGAUGAACAACUGACUGGUGAACGAAAACCGAAGAUUGAUUUAUUGAAAACUUGUGUGGCCGCUAUCCCACGACUUCUUCCGGAUGCCAUGAGCAUAAGCGAUCUAAUGGCAUUUCUUUCUCGUUUAACUGUGCAUAUUGAUGAAGAUUUAAGAGGGCUGGCUUAUCAAGCCAUGCAAUCGAUCUUGGUCGAUUUUUGCGAACAUCGGGAAGUUGUUAUGCACGUACUCAUCCAGUUUAUUGUCACGGAUAUCACUGACGCCUAUCCUGGCUUAUUUGACACAUCGCUGCGAAUGGUUAUUCAAUUUAUUAUCGCUUGGAGGAAUGCCCUUUCGAUCAGGGCACCCCGACCCAAGAAUCACGGCUUCCGAAAUUCGGGUGAUGGAAGUCUGGCUGUCAUGUCUCUGCCGAUGGUCUUGUAUGAAAUUGAAUCGCUGGCAUUGCUUCUUCUUUGCCAAAGCCGACACACCCCACGCCGUCUAGCGGUUGUCGUUCUAAAGGAGACAAACGCCCUGCGACAGUGUCUGGGCGUGGGAAACUACAUUCCCAGUGCGGGGAAGGGAAUGGGGGACAGCCGAAGUCUGCUAGAUGUGAUUGAUUCGUUCUGCAAAGUGGUUGUGGAGCAGGAAUGUCUGGCACAGCUGCCAAGCAGUGAAAAGGUUUUGUUUUCUCCGGCGCUGAAGAUUGAUCUCCAGUGGGUGGUGGAUCGGGCGGUGAAUGUGUGGAAUGCUGGCUUUGCGGAUUCUAACGUACCGCUAAUGCAGAUUUUGGAUUCUGCCGCCUCGGUCCGGUCGUCUUUAACACCGCCGAAUAAUAGUGAUGUCUGGACGAGUUUCAUUUCCGGUCUAAUGAACAAAAAGGGCUUUUUGGGCAGUUGCCCUCCAGCAAUUCUGGCUCACAUCUGGCCGAUGGUCUAUUCUAGAUUGCAAGCUGUUUUGGCCUUGAUUGACUUAGGACCGGCCAACGAAAAUCGAGCGUCUUUGGUCAGCUUAAAAACUGUGCGCAAAGUGCUUACUGAGCGUGACCUGUAUUUUUCAUUAUGGAAAAACUACCUGAUUGUGGCAUGCAGUGUCCUCCCGCCUCACACUGUUUUUUCGGGUAGUUUUCGCUGCAUAUCUCCUGAUAUUGCGCUGAGUACAUCGUCUUCAGAAAGCAACUGCUCUGAAAAGACAGAGGUACGCUUCCCCGCAAUUCAGAUCCCGGCAGUGACAGCUCAUGGAUUUUAUAAAAUGGCUGUGCGACUUCUCCGAUCAGAAGCUAUCGACCUUCCAGAGUCUGUAGUGCUUGGACUGGGUAAAACAAACCCGGAAGCUCUGAGAGAUCUUUUGGAAGAAUUGGUGCCUUUAAUUAAAGAAGCUAUUGACCGUAAACAGGAGAAUGUUCGACGGAAGAAACGAAAAGAUGCUCUGCGUUUGCAGUUAAUAAAAAUGUUUUACGUGCUGGCCAAGGAAGACUCUAUUGUUAGUGGCCCAUUGUACACGAGCGAAAAUUCCAAACAGUCCUUUUUACCGGCGUUUGCUGAAUAUGUCGAUGGGACAAGAUUAUAUCUGGAAACGGAAACUGAUAAAGAAAAUCUCAUCGUUCUUGCCAGUAUUCAGCUGCAUUUCUGUAAAUUUAUUCACUCUUUAAUCCAAAGCUUUUUCAUUGAAUUGCGAGAACACCUAUUUAUACCCACUCAGCGACAACUAUUAUUCAAUCUGUUUUCUGGUUGGACAGGACGGUUUGCAUGCUUUCCAAAGGAUUCUGGGAAACCAGCGAUUCCUUCUGCUGAACUAGAAUUUUGUGCACUGCAAGCUAUGUCCUCGGUUCUUUGCUGUGGCAAAGUUUUUGAUCGCAAUCUGUUAUCGGAAGAUUCUGCUUUGUUUCGUUGGUUGGAUAUGCUUCUGGCUUCGUCAUCCGAUACGGUGCGGAAUUUGUCCCAAGAAACCGUCACAUUGUUGUUAUGCAUGAAUCCGGAUACGCCGUUCCUGCUGGAUUGGGUGGUAGACCGUUGCUACACCGGAUCCGAGGAUGUAGCUGACAGCUGUUUCCAGGCUUUGGCUUCCGUGUUCUGCUCGAGAGAUUAUCCUUGUGAUCAGUUUAGCUCCAUCAUCAAUCUGGCUUUAAUGAACACGGGCUGUCCAAGAGUGACAAUUCAAGAAUUGGCGCUGGAGUUGUUACAGAUUUUGGAUAAGCGCUUUUUCGGACAGAUGCCCGUUUAUGGAUCUCCAGAGCGCAUCAAUACCACGACAGACUCGACUGAUUCUAUAAAGUCCAAUGCUAACCGCAGUACCUUGAAUGAUGUGCUGUUGUCCGGUGGCAAUUACACUCGUAACCAGGUGUUCUUGUCGGAGCAGUUAGCCAAGCUUCAUCCGGACUUGACCAUGUCCAUUUUCUCGGAGAUUACUUACCGUUUUCAAACCGCUCGGCCUUCCGUUCGUUACAAUCUGCUAACAUACAUUGUUCCCUGGAUGUACAAUUUGGAGUUGGUUGACUUUAGCUUUCAUGGAACUUCUGAUGACGUUCCCGUUUCGGAUGUGCCCGUAUCCAUGCGGGGUCAGGGCUGGGGCUCGCCUGAAGCCACGGAAAUGGUGUUGAACAACAUGAUGUAUAUUAGCACCAAGUUUGGAGAUGAACUGCCUAAGGAGAUUGAGUGCAUGUGGUCUUCGAUUUGCUGUGCUUGGCCCAAUAAUUUGAACAUUGUAUUGAAAUAUUUGGUUAUUGUAUCCAGUUUAUCGCCAUGGACCGUACUUCCUAUUGCGAAACGUGUCGUUCGCUAUAUGGCCAGAGCUCGUCCCGAGAGACUUAUUGACCAUUUAAUUGAUGAUUUACAGUCUAUUGAAAACGUGUGCGUAACGGUGGAGAAAAUUUUGACGCCACCGUUUUUUCGUGUUACCGGCGUACGAAAAUUGCCUGUCAGUGGAAUUGUGUCUGAUAAAAGGAUGCUUACGGAUGAAUUUACAUCGGGGACUAUCCAUACUAAACGCCACGUUAACGAAGAUAGCCUGCUGACUAAUGCUCCGGAUGAUAUGUCAAAAAAAAAUAGUUUAAACUCGCCCACCACUAGCACUCCACUGGAGAUGUCCAGCAAAACUGGAGAAUACCCGGAAGACGCCUCAAAUUUCGUUCCUUUGCUACCUCAUCCUCUGCCCAUGCCUGAGUACGGUGGAUAUUUUGCGCCGAUGGGGGAUUUGCUCAACGAGCCAGGUGCUAAUAUUACCACAAUGCACAGGUGUAGCUUUGCAAUUUCUUUCCUUGGUGAUCUCCUCUUGGACGGGUUGAAUGUGGCUUGGAUUGUGCAUUUGCCCAUCAUGUUGCAUAUUGCUGUUCUCGGUCUCGACAGCCAGCGUUCAUCCGUUUACCAGCACUGUCGCAAGUUGUUAGAGAAUCUCCUCGUGGUAUUUGCCUGCCACAACGAUCACUGCUCGGUCGCGCAGCUUCUUUUAGGAAAGAAAUCUGUUCUCCCGCCCAGUCGCUACUAUACCGACCGUACAUCACGUCGUUCCCUGGAAUCUCUGUGUUACCUGGGCUAUGUAGCGGAAUCCGUGGAAAGUCUGGAUAGCUCGAUGACUUUGGUGGAGAAUGAAACAGAGUCGAAAACGGAUGACAGUGUGACCAAUAACAUCGAGUAUGUCGUUAUGGAGUUAAUUGAUCUUCUGGCUUCCAACACCACGGCAGCACUGUGGGCCUUCGAAGAUAUUACGGCCAAGAUGUGGACGUGUAAAAGUGUGGUGCAGCUUAGCCGAUUUGUGCGGUGCAUCAAUCGGGCUUUUACCGCAUCACUGCCGCUAUCACGAAUAACACAGCGUUGGGCCGAGAUCGCCUUUCAGUACGGAUUGAAUUCGUCAUCCAGGCAUUAUGCCGGGCGGUCCUUGCAGAUUUACCGGGCGCUCGAUGUCCCGUUCACGUUCCAGGCUCUUUCGGAUAUUUUGUCGAGGCUAGUUGAGACGGUGACGGAGCCAGGGGAUGACAUGCAGGGAUAUGUAACGGAGUUGAUGUUGACGCUGGAGGCUUCAACGGAAUCUCUUUCUGUUGAAGAAGUAGCGAUAUCAUCGACGGAGGAGGUGGCGGUAAAAAUGGAGAAAACUCCUAUGAAACAAGAAAAACAUGGCCAUAAUCGCACCAUCAGCUUCCACUUGCCCAAGGGCGGACAAGAUGCUGAUUAUCGCCAACGGAGUGUGAGUGAUUCCGGUUCGAAUAUCCACCGCAGUUACAGCACACAAACCUUGACCAAUUUUCCUCCUGUUACAACCGACGGAACUCUAUCCCUGGACGACAAACUGAGUUUGCUGUCAUUGCUGUUCUGGAUUUCCAUGUCGGCAUUGGAAAGCGAUUACGAGCAUGAAUUUUUGUUGGGAUUACGUCUAAUGGAGAAAGUGCUGGGUAAAUUGUGCUUAAGUAAACCCGACUGUCAGGAACGCGUUGAAAAGGUGCGUGUGCUGGCCAAAUGGACAACUUUCCCAGGGAUUCAGUCGCUGGUGUUAAAAGGCUGUACAUCGGCUUCCACUUAUGAGCCUACUUUGCGGGUUUUGACAAAGUUCUCACGGUCGCUGGAUAAUCCGAUUGUUGAUCCGCACCGCAUGGUCGGAUUCCCGUUGAAUGUGCUGGCUUUCUUGCCGUAUCAGAUGCUACAUUUUGAUGAUCCCAAUGCACUUUGCCUUGAAAGCGCUAAGGAUUUUGCCGAGGUGUCGAAAUCCUCCGAUCGGCUGGAAAAUUUCUCAGCUGUGAUGCUACUGUAUCACAAACGGACUUUCAACAAGGAUGCCAAGCAGUGGGGGAAGUGUGUUGUUAAAUAUUUAUUCGACGCUUUCCACGAACAUAUUAACAGCCUCAUCACGUUUCUAAUUGAGAUGAUGGAAAAAGGCCCCGCGACAAUUCAGCAUCACACGUUAAAUAUCGUUUAUUACUUCCUGCACUAUGUGGAUAUCGGUGUGAUGUCCAAUAGUGUUACGGCGGAACUGUUGCGCGUCGUGACCAGGCUGGUUGACGGGCCGAACUGGCGUGAGUGCCAGAAUUUAAUCAAGUUGGCUGUGAUUCGCUCGUCAACAUUGAUGCCCCCCGGGAGUAACAUUAACGCCCAGAGCUCGUCCAUCUCCUUCGAGACGGCUGGCCUCAUGUCUCCGACCCAUUUUGCCGAAGCGGAAAUCGUUGUCAAAAAACAACUUCCAGGGCGUACUCUGGACUUUGCCUUUGAUGUUUCGGUUACACCCAUCGUGGGAAGGAAACAUGGAACCAGUCACCGCGCUGGGGAAAAUGACAUAAAUAUUAUUGAAAUGUUUGGGGAACUGAAUCGAAAGCAAAAGGAUGUAGAAGCUUCUCAGUCUGACUGGCGCAGAUCAGCUUUGUCACAGUCACGAACCCGGGAGCGUUUGGUUGGAUUAUUGGCGGUGUGCGGUCAGCGAGUGGGAAUGCCAAAGAGCCCAUCGAUUGUCUUUAAUCAAUUCGGCGAUACGGGCGAGAUGAGUGUGUGCAGCAGUUCUGACGAUGCCACAUCCACCAUUGUGGGCGGAGAUGCACAGCACCGCAGCAGCAUAGCCGGGGAGAAUUCACUGCGGGAUGAUCGGUCGACCAGUGAAAAUACAUUCACCGUUUUCAAAGACUUUGAUUUCCUGGAGUACGAGCUGGAUAGCGGGGAAAACGAGAGUAUUGAUAAUUUCAACUGGGGCGUGCGCCGAUCGCUGUCCAACGUGCGCGACGUCCAUGUGACCGAUGGGUUUGCGCGGGUGCGGCCGCGCAGUGCCACUGGAGAAUUGUUGAGUCCGCGAAAGGAGCCCGAGUCAUCGGAUGACGAAGUCGGCAGUGUGGAGAUUGUGGAAAUGUUGCAUGAUGAAAGCAGUGUCGAUCCUGUGGAUGGGGAACUGGCUGAGGAAGCCGUUGAGCAGUCUACAAGUAUCAGCGAUCUGACUUUACCCAGGCCUAUGGAAGCGGCCGAACACCCGGAGCAAGAGAAUCCUCAAGAUAGUCCUGAUAUACAAACUGCCAUACUAUGACCUUUCCGAACCGAAUAGUUGAAUAGAGAAAUUCCUUGCCUGUGAUAAAUUUUUUCCUUCAGCAAUCUGUUUUGUUUCGGUGGUUUUAUUUCUGUUUCUCAGAGACUUCUAGUCCUUCGCGUUUGCGUCGUCAUGGACUCUGUGUAUGGUACUGGUUCCUUUUUGUCCACGUUGGAAUGCCCGCGUUGCAUUUCUGGUGAAUGGUUGGCCAUGUGUUUUUUGUUAUAAAAGUUAUUGCACAGAAUUUUAUUGUAGCAUAAUGACUGAGUACAUAAAGGUUAAAACUGUUUUUUUUGUGACAAAGUCCUGACGUUUCAGUCGGAUGGCUGCCAUCGAAAGCGUACAAGCCGAUUAGGAUAAAACCGGGCGUUAACGGUCCACUCACCAUAGCGGUUGCAUGCAUAAAUACCUCGACGCACGGAAUGGGAUUUUAUGUGAUGUUAUUCGCUUGAUUAGCUUGCAAUCGUAUUAAGGGAGUAUGCAGCACCGAUAAAUUUGCCGGC